ACUCCCGCCCUCCGGCCCGGGGCCACCUGUGCCCCGCCCUGCCAGCCGCACCCCAGCCAGGGAACCACUGCGCCGGGUGUCCGAGCUGUGUGCGCCCGGGGGAUCCUCGCGAGUCCCGCUUCUGCCCGGACGGCUUUCCUGGGUCAGGGCAUGUGGCCUCUCUGAGAGCCCUCCGCCUGCCGAAAAGGGAGCAGGUCUGCGGCGCGAACUCGUGGGUGGGAAGUUGGUCUGCACUUCGGCAACAUGACCAGCCCGGCCGGCGCGCAAAACCAGGAAAUCGAUUGUCUGAGUCCAGAAGCGCAAAAAUUGGCGGAGGCCAGGCUUGCAGCAAAGCGUGCAGCCCGAGCCGAGGCUCGGGAGAUCCGGAUGAAGGAGCUGGAGCGGCAGCAGAAGGAGAUCUAUCAAGUCCAAAAGAAAUAUUAUGGGCUGGAUACAAAAUGGGGCGACAUCGAGCAGUGGAUGGAAGACAGCGAGCGCUACUCUCGUAGAUUCCGGAGAAACACAUCGGCUUCGGACGAAGAUGAGCGCUUGUCCGUGGGUAGCCGCGGCAGCCUACGGACUAACGGUUAUGAUGGAGACUAUUGCGGAUCCCAGUCCCUAAGUAGAAGAUCUGGCAGGGCUUCCGUGCUGGAUGAGAGCAGCCUCUAUGGGGCUCGGAGGGGAAGCGCCUGUGGUUCGCGAGCUCCCUCAGAGUACAGCGGCCACCUCAACUCCGGCUCCCGGGCCUCCUCUAGGGCCAGCUCUGCGCGGGCCAGCCCUGUGGUAGAAGAAAGACCAGACAAAGACUUCACUGAGAAGGGGUCCCGUAACAUGCCCAGCCUGUCUGCGGCCACGCUGGCUUCUCUGGGUGGGACUUCCUCCCGGAGAGGGAGCGGAGACACCUCCAUCUCCAUGGACACCGAGGCAUCCAUUAGGGAAAUUAAGGAACUUAAUGAGUUAAAGGACCAGAUUCAGGAUGUAGAAGGCAAAUACAUGCAGGGAUUGAAAGAGAUGAAGGACUCCCUGGCCGAAGUUGAGGAGAAGUACAAGAAGGCCAUGGUCUCCAACGCCCAGCUAGACAACGAGAAGACCAACUUCAUGUACCAGGUGGACACACUGAAGGACAUGCUGCUGGAGCUGGAGGAGCAGCUGGCCGAGUCCCAGCGGCAGUACGAGGAGAAGAACAAGGAGUUCGAGAGAGAGAAGCACGCCCACAGCGUCCUGCAGUUCCAGUUUGCCGAGGUGAAAGAGGCCCUGAGGCAAAGGGAAGAAAUGCUUGAGGAAAUCCGACAGCUGCAGCAGAAACAGGCGGGUUUUAUCAGGGAGAUUUCCGAUCUUCAGGAAACGAUAGAAUGGAAAGACAAAAAGAUAGGGGCACUAGAAAGACAGAAAGAGUUCUUUGAUUCCAUAAGGAGCGAGCGAGAUGAACUUAGAGAAGAAACAGCCAAGCUGAAAGAGGAGCUGAAGAAACAUGGAAUAAUUCUAAAUUCAGAAAUAGCCACCAACGGAGAGACUUCAGACACACUAAAUGACGUUGGGUAUCAAGGCCCUACGAAGAUAACAAAAGAAGAGCUGAAUGCCCUCAAGUCGGCCGGGGAGGGGACACUAGGAAAAGCCAAAGAAGUGGAGGUGAAAAAGGAAAAUGUGGGGAAAAGAGAAACCUCACAGAAAUCUGAGCAAGAACAGCCCAAACCCAACACAGUAAAGGACUGUGUGGACACAGGGGUGUCACAUCCUGGUGAGAAUGCUGAGGACCAGAAACCCGCUGAAGACAGUGCCCUGUCCCCAGGACCACUAGCAGGGGCCAAAUGUGAACAGCAGGCUCAGAGCCAAGAUCAAGAGAACACUUCUUUCCUCAAAAACCCAGAGCAGAUUGAAUUACAUGAGGUCGCACAUGAUGGUAGGACCAGAAACUCCCCCCAACAGUCCAACUGCCCGGGAGGUCUAGACAGUGAAAUGUCAGGGCCUGCUGCCGUGGCUAUCAAAAGCCAAAGUGAAAGCUCUGUGGGUAAUCAGGAUAAAGAAAAACAAGAGGAUUUGAAAACAGAUUUGGAAAAAGUGAGCUCCGAACCAGGCCCAGGCUACAUUUUGGAGCAGACACCUGAAGUUGACAAGGAGAACGGUUCAGACUCAAGGGACACAGGUGGAAACCACACGGAGAAUGUGGUACAGGCAGGAGAAGCUGCAGGUGGGGAGCAAGUGGGUCCAGUGGCCUCUGGCCCCUUGGAGCAGAGCGAAAGUUCAGUGAGUCAUGAUGGAAGAUGUCUGGCUGAUGGAGCAGGGCAGAGCUCAGAGAGAGAACAUUCCCAAGAAAUAGCUGAGCCAGAGGAGGCCCUUUGUCAGAGCCCACAGGCAGGGGGGGGAAACACUGUUACAGAGGUUGGGGACAUAGAAGUAAGGGACGAGAAGCCCAUCCAGGCAGAAGUCCAGGCCACGCCUGGGGCUCCCAUAGUUCAGAGCAGCCAAAAGGGUGCAACAGGCCUAGGUAGCGCAGAUGCCAAGCAUGUACCACUUCUUGGGAAAGAACCCGACAAAGAAAAGAAUGAGCAGCAGGCAGAGGCCGUGGAUUCGCCACAGAAGAAGACUAAGAAUAAGAAGAAGAAAAACAAGAAGAAGAAAGCCUCAGCUGCUGUGGAAACCCACAAAGAUGCUAAUGAAGAGUUAAAUUGUCAGAGCACAGAAGUGGGGGACGUGGAGGAAGAACAGAUCCAGUUCCCUGACAAGAAACAGGCGGCAGAAAACCCAGAACAGAAAAUUGGAGCAGGAAGCAGUGAACGUGUCGAUUGCCAAGAAGAUCCUAAAAAUCAGCUGAAUGGAAAACAGAACCAAGAAAAGGAAGAUGGCGUGAAAGCCCAGGCAGGGAAAGUGGCAGCCGACGGCGGCGCGUCGAUGUCGGCUCAGCCACUAGGCACCAGAGCUGGUGAGGCAAUCGAAGAACGUGUUACGGAAGAUCCCGCUAAUGGCCCCACAGAUGUCUUGGAUCCGAACAGUCCUCAGUGUGAAGAUGGGGACAUCUCCCAGAUGGGAAAGAAAGCUCCCCCAAAAGAUGCUGGUGACGCCUUUCAGAUAGGAAGUGAAGAGGGGCAUGUGCCGCCCCAACGUCCAGGCCAGACACCCGAAAAUGCUGUCGACGGCCACAGCCUAGACAACAGUGACCCGUCAGGGGAGCUGGGGGGCUUCAGCUCAGAAAGUGGAGAGCAGGAAAGAGGGAAGGUCGGAAAUGGCAGGAAUAAGGAGGAUUGCACCAUGUCAUGAGGAGGCAGAGGCAGGCGGCCGGCCACGGGGGACAGUGAGUUUCAGAGCAGGCCAAGGGCUUAGUAAGCUCCAUCCUUCAGCUAUCCGCUGUCAGAAACUCCAUCCUUCGCUCCACUGCCGAAGCUCAUGAGUGUUCCGGUUUCUGCGGCUACUUGAGUCAGUCAAUCACCAAGUAUCAACCACUUUAAGUUAUAGGCUGUUACUUGUAGAUUUAUAGUUAAAUCACCUAGACACCACUGUUGAGUUUCAGUUCUGGCUGAAAACAUCCCAUUUAGCAUCAGGUGACACUGCGUAGCUGUCACAUCUGCAUUCCAGCCUGAAGGCAGCACUGAACGUUAGGCUGAGAUGAAUGUGGAUCUUACCAAAUGUGUCAGUGUCCGGUUGAAUGACCAAACGGUGUUCCUAGAUUUCUGCAUGACGAGCAGUGAAUAUUCAAAGAUUAAGAUAGGCGUGUUUUCAUAUUUGAUCUUAAUGUGUACCUUAUAGCCUGUACGGUAGUCUACCUAAAGGAGCUAGGUGGAGAAGUAGCAUACGGGUCAGUGGGUGAGAGGACCCACCCCGCGGGUGGAGAUUCAUUACUGUGGGAACUCAGCUCCGGACCAGGAAACACAGGGAGACCGCGAGCUUUACCUCACAUAAGUGCUUUAUUUUGCACCAGUGCUCUUGGACCAUUUUGCCAAUGUACCCAAAUGAAUUUCUAUCAGAGAUCUUUAUUUCACUUUAUUUCAGGUGAUGUACUGAAUUUAUUUUAUAUGAAUAUUUUAUUUUUAGUCCUCUCUGUGGAUGGCAAGUUGAAAUUAUAUUUCCUACUUUAGGAUUUAGGGAAAACAGUCAUUAUUUUUUUUUUAACUUGAAGGUUAUCUUCCUGUCUGAAUGUGUACUUACUAUUAAAAAAAAAGACACAAAAGGCUGUUUGUUCUUAUGUGAAGGACUCAUUAGAUUAUAAGCCAACAUUUUGUGUUUGAUAUAAAUAUUUUUAUUUGUUGUUUCUCAAUUUUUUCUUAUUGGAAAGUUAUUGUUUUAUCUGUCUGAAGGAAGUAUGUAUUUUCUACACAAAGAAGCAUUUAGAAAAUAAUUGUAAAGUUGAAUUUAAAAGUGUUGGUAACUAAAAUCAGAAGGGCGUGUACUGUGUGACUGCUGUUGCCAUGUUAUGGAAUCAUGUGAAUUCACUGUUACAAGGUAGAGUGGACUGCAAAAAUACCAAAACCUCGGUAAAAUCUGAGGCAAACUGAAGUGUCAUAUAAUUGAAAUAAAAGCAUUUUAUAAUUUCACAA